AGCGUUGGAUUCAUUUAUUCGGGGGUGCUUUCUGCUGUCCUGCAGUCCUUGCUUGUUUGCUUCCACACAUCAAAACCAUGCAUCAACUCAGCGCCUACGCGGCGCUGGCGCUGCUGGCGCUCGCGACCCUGCCUAGCUCGCUGGCUGUGCAAAGUAUUGUAACUGACUGGCUCACUGUCACGCAAUCGACCGUCAUUGCGACCGGCAUUGACCAUCAGACCACGGCGCGGUUGUAUGGAGACGUGGCCUCAGCCCAGUAUGAUGCCAUUAAGAUUGUGCGAGACUACAAGAAGACCAAGCUGAACGAGGAGGCCGCUGUGGCCUACGCCAGCCACUCGGUCCUCAGCACCUUCUUCCACUGGCGCCAGAGCACCAUCUACGACAUCCUCCUGCAGCAGCAGCUGGACAAGUGGGGCAUCAGCGACAGCCAGGUGCCGCUCUACCAGAAGCUGAUCGUGCCACAUAUCCAGGCCCGCCUGCAGAAGCGCAUCCGUGACAACGGUAGCGUCUACCCCAACUGGCGCCCCGCCGGCAACGGCACCGCCAACUGGGGCAAGUACCAGUACACCCCGGGACAGACCUCGGUGCGCUACCCCCAGGUCGCCCACGCCACGCCCAACUACCUGACCCUGGCUGACGUGGAUGAGAUCACCAAGGAGUUCAAGCGCUUCCAGCUGGACGACCCCGAGUAUGCCCGCCAGCUGGAGCAGGUGCGACUGUACGGCUCGCUGAACUCCACCGUCCGCAGCGUCUACGACACCGGCUCCCCCCGCUUCUGGGCCCUGAGCACCGGCACCGGCACCAUCGCCGGCAUGCUCCUGAACGCCUCCAUCGCCGUCAUCCCCGACGGCACCCCCCUCAUCCACCAGGCCCGCUACUUCAAGCUGCUGGGCUCCUCCUUCUGGGACGCCGGCGUGUCGUGCUGGCGUGUCAAGUUCCGGGAGCUCUUCUGGCGCCCCAUCACCGCCAUCCGCACCGCGCACGGCGUGGGCACCGUGGACCCGACCUGGACCCCCUGGCUGGCCACCCCCGCCCACCCUGAGUAUCCCUCCGGCCACACCUGCAGCGUGGGCGCCUGGAUUGCCAUUAACGAGGCCUACUUCGGAAGGGACUUCCCGCUCAACAUCACCAGCUACGGCGCCCUGGACCUCUCGCCCCGCUCCUACCCCAACUUCCGUGCCGCCGGCGUUGAGAGUGGCGACAGCCGCCUGUAUGCCGGCGUCCACUUCAACAAGUCCAACACGGACGGCAUCAACCUGGGCAUCAAGGUGGCCAGGUUCAUUCACACCAAGUUCUUUGCCUCCAAGACUUUCAAGGACGCGCUCUAAAGGCCUGCUGGCUGGUCUGAGAGGGUUAUGUACUUAUGUUGUAUAAACAGCAUGUGGACGGAAGUUAUGAGGUUCAUGUAGGGAAUGGGGGAACUUGCUGAGGCCUAGUCUCGCUAUUGACGAGUGUUGCGGAACUAAUGCGUACGUAGACCAGAGCGGAAGGCGGAGUGGGCUUGCAGGCGGCACGAGAGUAGGCCGCCUGACGGCACUGGGGUGAGCGGGGCCCUGCGGGGUGGGACGGCGGGGGCGGGGCGGACGCGGACGUUCCCUGACCAGGACUGCUGGCGCGCACUUUUUCCUCAUAAAUGGUUUAUAGCUUACGUGAUGAAUUACAUACGCUAAAGCCUGUAGUAUGCAUUUCGGGAACUUCGGGAGCCAGACGACAGGCAGGGUGAGCGCAGGGGAGGGCAGGGCAGGGCUGAAUGGGUGGGCAGGGCCGCAGUGUCCCAAGUCGGCGUUUGGCACGCGAGCCUUAAGCUUUUUAUGGUCUGUAUCAUGCUUAGCUACCAAAACCACCGGAGGGACUAGGGAUGGAGCGACUGCGCAGGCAGCGCGCAAGCUGGUCAUUAUGUUGUCAAGUGCGGAGCAAGGCUUGCAAUGUAAACAAUGAGUGUG